AUGUCCGUCACAGGCUUCUCAGUCCAACAUGACCCAGAGGUGCAGGCUUACAGGAAAAUCCGCGCUGCGUACCUCGAAGAGAAAGCGGCCAAGAAGCGCGAAGAGAAGCUUCAGCUGCGACAGAUCAAGGAAGUACGCAGGGCGUAUCUGCAAAACAGUAAUGAGUCUUUCCUCCCUCCCACCUCGCAAAGCCCUUCAAUCCUCUCCGUUCGGCUUUGUCGACUGGCCGACUUUCCACCCUUCCACAUGCAAGCGAAGCGAACCGAGCAUGUUUUCGAAAAUCGCCCGUUCAUUGUGGCGAGGGCGGAGCCAGGACAACUCGUUGUUGACGGAGAAGGAGGCGGAAUUCGAAGAGAAGUGGAUGGACUCGGACAGCAGCGAUUCUGA